AUCCUUUCGCACUGAAGUCAGUCUUCACAUCGUGUCCGUUCGACUCUUCUAACCUGCCAAGUGGCGCGAAUAUACCGCCGGAAGCUCAGCGCGAACUCAUAAGGCCCCCUCGCCAAACCACCCAAUGCGUCCUGUCAUCCUGCUGAGCGCGCAAUUGCGCUCCGCACUUCCCCGGAGCGUGCGGAGAGACCUCAACAGCAAGCUAUUUGCUCGAUUCAAGACAACUCAGAACCCUGUUCCUCCGCCGAAGCCCAGCGCUCCUUUCAUCAAGCGAAAGGAGCCUAUUGCACCCCGGAACCCACAGGCGUCACCUACCAAACAUGCUAAAUUGACGUUUCGCAAAGGGCCACCGGAGAAGGUAGUGGUGUAUUAUAGCGGAAAAGGGAGGACAGCCGUGGUAGGAACAUUGAAGCUCGUUUCACUUUUAAUAUUUGGAGUUUCCUGUUUCCUUCUUGCUCCAGCAUUCGCAUCAUCGGAUGAGCAUCCAUGGUACCUCGCCCCUGCAAUUGCAAUUGGCGGCACUCUUCCGAUGAUCUUCAUCCUCUACACCACCGCCCCGUUUGUCGUUUAUGUGCACGUUGCCAUUCCCGCCUUUGCCCGCCGCUCUCGUGAGACAAUGAUUGAAUACGUGAAGAACCUGCCGCCCACGGCCACCUUGUAUAUGACUACCAUUCGUUCAAGUUCGUUGCCUCAGCAGACAGAGGUCAGACUGGGUGACUUGGUUCUCAACAAGUCUUUCCUCCGGCCUGUGACCUUUACCAAUUCAAAGCCCGCGCCCUCUCCUUGGUGGGCAGGAAAAACCCCUCAACACUUCUACACGGAUGUGAGGGCCCAGCGCUCGACCCAAUCCCCAAACUACUUUCCUACCUUGUGGGAUGACGUGUUCAAGAAAAUCCAGAACAAUGGCUUGAAGAAACAGAACUGAGAGAUUCACUGAACAUGUUCUAUACCAACCAGCAGAGUAGGAACUUUGACGGUACACGAUCGCAAUCAAAAGUUCCAGUCUGUGUUUUCGCUGUUUGCUUCGGUAGCCAGCGAAGCGGGUUGCCCUCAGCUCAUUCACAGCUCUGAACUCAGGUCUAUCUCUGCUGUUGCACAAUUUGAGUUCGUGGCAACACAGUUCUUUCCUCGCCAAGGACUUUACCUGUUUAUCAUCUACACGCAGCCA